AUGACUGAUCUCUUCCCCCGCACCGCGGAUAGCGAGAACCGCAAGCUUCUCGCAGCGGUCAAGGCCACGGGCAACGACAUCAAAGACGUGAAAGCCGUGGUCAUCAGGCACCUGCACCUAGACCACGCGGGCCGGCCCGGGCACUUUCUGGACCCGGACGUGCCCAUCGUUGUACACGAGGAAAAAUUCAAGCACGUGUGCUGGGACGUCGCCGCGGACACCGACCUCGGCGCCUGCCUGUCGAUUACAUGA